UCAACGCCUUUGCAAAACGCCCCAAGUGGCAUGAAUUUCGAUUUCUCUUAUCAAAGCUACCUCCUGGCAUGUACCUUGGUAUACCAUGAGGUACACCUGAGGUUCUAUCAUUCCCAGGAUACAUUCAUUGCAGCACCUGAUCCGCUAUCGUCAUGCCAGAACAACCCCGGAGAUCGGUUUCACCCCCGGCUCCUAUCGAGAGCGCGAGACCCCACGUCCACACGGUCGGAUCCCUGAACCUCCGCCAUCGAGGCCCGACCCGUGCUGCAACCUUUGCAGAGGGCUCAUCAAGCAUUCAAGAACAACGUCGCAAUUCAAGCUUCUCGGAUUCAGUAUCUGAAGCACGAAAUUCGAUUCGCUCCUCAACUGAUGAGUUAUUGUUCCCGCGUGUAGUUCAGGAGGGGAACAUCGGUUUACCGAACGAGGAAUCGAAUUGGCAAUCUGCGCCUCUUGGUCUGGCACUAUUGCCUGCUAUUGCCGGUAUCUUUUUUAAAAAUGGGAGUGCAGUCGUGACAGAUAUCACCCUGUUGAUUCUGGCAGCUAUCUUCCUCAACUGGUCGGUGAGACUACCGUGGGAAUGGUAUCGCUCUGCUCAGGCCUUGAAACAAGAGGAUAUAUAUUACGAUUCUGUCACUUCAAAGCUAGAACUCGAAACGGAUGACAAUGAGGGAAACUAUCAAGGCCGAAAGAAUGCGACAGACGGAGAGCCUCGAAGGGAGCAACGAGUCCCCAGUGCUGUCAAGAAGGCCACAAGGGAACUUCAAAUACAUGAACUUGUUGCUCUUGCAUCAUGCUUCAUCUUCCCCAUUGUCGGGACAUGGCUCCUCCAUGCCAUCCGAUCCAAAUUGUCGCGGCCAUCGGAAGGAUUGGUAUCCAAUUACAACCUAACCAUUUUCCUACUGGCGUCAGAGAUUCGGCCAUUCGCUCACCUGCUGAAGAUGGUGCAGGCGCGCACACUGCAUCUUCAGCGUGUUGUUGCUGCAUCUGCCGAUGACGAGGAGAAGCUGGACCCGAACAAGAUAAAGGACCUAGCCAAGCGACUCGAGGAACUCGAAGCACACGUCGCUGAAACAGCCGCUGCUCGACUGCCAUCCGAAUCAUCAAACCAUGCACAAGACCGGGAACAACUCCAAAAUCUCAUCUCGCAAGCAACCGCGGAAAUCCGUAAAGGCUUCCAACCGGAGAUCGAUGCCUUGAACCGCGCGGUUCGGCGCUAUGAGAAACGCACAGCACUCACUUCAUUUCAGACAGAAGCGAAAUUCCAAGCGCUCGAAACCCAGGUACACGAUGCUAUUGCUCUGGCGGCAGCGGCGCAACGCUCCGGCUCGCGUCGGCCGUUGAGUACUCUAUCGCGAUUGUUCAAUAGCAUUUAUGCAAUUAUCCUCCUCCCCGUGCAGAUCUUCGUGUCCCUGGCUAGCCUCCCGUUUCAGCUAUCAACGCGAUGUCUACAGUAUUGCAAAGAUAUGCUACUCUCGAAGCCAGCACGAAAAUCGAGCAAGGGUAAGGUGCCGCGCGAUCUCAGAACUUCUUCUUCAAGGCAGUUCAGAAGGAUUCCUCCACAGGACUUGGGCGGUGGUCCAGCGCUCAAACCAAUCCGGGAGUAUCAAUAGCAAAUGGAAGCGGGAAAGUUUUUGACUAUGGUUUUGGAAAGUAUAGCAACAUGAUACAGGUUUGGCUUCGCAGCCAUUGGGUUUGAUUCGGGCGUUUAUCCAUUGAUUGGUCAAUAUGAGCCAAUAUUGUUUCGUUUGUUCUUUCCCUUCGUCUUCAUCAGCAUCUGUGGUCUGUACUGGGGUUCGAGAUUCUGUAAAUAAACCUGGACAGGUAAUGGCGUCCUGCGAAGACCAUUCUCGGUUUACAUUUGUCCUGCUAUUCAGGGGUUUUUAGCACAAGCUACAUGUAAUCCC